GGCUGAAUAAUUUUUUUGAACGAUUUAAUGACUUGAAAAAAGUUGAAUGCUGUAGAUGAUGAGGUAUUGAAAAGAAGAAUAAAGCCCAAAAAGGUUGGAUCAAAUGAUCUCGAUUCUGAGAAGAGUACCAUUAACCCUGUCGUCACCUGUCUACAAGAUCAUGGAAUCUUCAAACAUGGUGGGCGGAUCACAACGGCUGCUCAACUUGGCUCGCCAGCUCCGCCUCUACAAGCCUUCGCCGCCGCCCUCCGACGAUUAUGACGACCUCGAGGAGCGGGGCAGUGAAGAGGCCGCCGGCAAGGUGGUUUCUCAAGUGGGUUUCGCUGAAUCCGCCACCUCAGUUGAGUACGAAGGGAGGUUCAGGCCCAAGAGAGCUGCAGUUCUGAUCUGUCUCUUUGAAGGGGAUGCUGGGGAUUUGCGUGUGAUUCUCACGAAGCGGUCUUCUAAACUGUCCACACACUCGGGGGAAGUUUCGUUGCCUGGUGGGAAACAGGAGGAGGGUGAUAAAGAUGAUGCUGAUACAGCGACCAGGGAAGCCAACGAAGAGAUUGGGUUGGACCCUUCCCUUGUAAAUGUUGUAACUGUUCUUGAGCCAUUCUUGUCUAAGCACCUCCUAAGGGUUGUUCCUGUUAUUGGCAUACUUUCUGAUAAGAAAGCAUUUGAACCUGCCCCCAAUGCUGAUGAAGUGGAUGCGGUAUUUGAUGCCCCUUUGGAGAUGUUCAUCAAGGAUGAAAAUAGGAGAUCAGAGGAAAGAGAGUGGAUGGGACAGAAGUAUUUGAUUCAUUUCUUCGACUACGAAAUGGAGAAUAAGAAGUAUUUAAUAUGGGGUCUAACCGCAGGGAUCUUGAUUAGAGCCGCCUCAGUUGUGUUCCAGCAGCCACCAGCCUUUCUGGAGCAGAAGCCUAAUUUUAAGGUUCCUAGGGGUGUAGACAAAGAUACUAUAAUGCCUUAAAAAUUCAAAAUAAAUUUCAUUAGAUAUGAUUCUUAUUGUUGUGAUUUUCUGUGCAAUAAAACACAUGACAAGGCCUAUUGAUAACACUUAAAUUGCUUUGGAUAAGU